AUGGGUUUCGGUGUGUUAAUAUGUUUCGUCGUUGCAGCGCGCGCGAUGAAUCCCAGAAACACGGCACCAACUGAAAUCACCUUCAAUAACGAGAAGCAAAUUGCAGAGAGAAAAUUGUUUGGCACCGGAAAGAAAUUCUAUCUCUUCGGGCUUAAGAACCCAAACGCCUCACUCGCCCUGCCGUUACACACGGACGACGAGCAGACCCCAGCGAACAAUUUCACGGAUAUCGUCUUGCAAUUCGUCAACUCGAGCAUUUGCAAUUGCGGCACCGAAAAGGCAAAAGAGAAGAUACCGAUAAUAAAGUUAGUUUUAAAGGGCAUCUUCAAGUUGCCGUUCGUGCAAUAUUUAAUCGACGAAAACACUCAGAACGGAAUACUUAAGCAGCUAACGGAAUGCGCCGAAAGACCUGUAACGGCAAGAGAACGGAGAAAGAGGAAAAAGUCAAGAAACAAGCACAGGAACAGGAGCGGCGAUAUGGGCUUGAGGGCUUUCUUCACCGGCGCGAUCGUAAACGGUGGAGAGUCCGAAGAAUCGAAAAAGACAAUGACGAUCAAAUUCAAAUCGAUACUCGACGACAUACUAAAAACCGAAGGGGCGAAGUUACGCGAGGAGUCCAAACAAGCACUUAUGAAAUUAAUACUAGAGUUGGAUCGUUUGCGUAAAAGUAAAAAUAGUGAGUUACAUACGGACGAUGGCAGUGCUAACGGAGAAGAUAAAGGCGCUAGUCCCAACAAAGACACCGACGAGGAUGAUGACGCUAGCUUGACCUCAGAUAACAAAGAAUUUAGGGCCAACGAUGGCAACGGUUCUACCAGGGGCGCAGCGAGCGAUGAAAUAGUCAUCGAUCAUAACAUGGAGAUAUCCGUGAGGAUGAAUGGGGGAAAAGCUGAU